AUGACUUUCCAAUUUGAACAUGAUUAUAGCUUUCUAUUAGAAAUCAUAGAAGACUUGAUAAUGGAAGAAAUGAGAUCCGGCAAUGCUAAUAAUAACAUUUGGACAACAAUACCGUCCUCAGAAUCUUCUCAUGCUAUUAAACACCCACAGUGUUAG